AUGAGGGAUGUUGUUUUGGGUGAUGUUACGGAUCUGGUUGCAGGGAUAACCAACAUUACAACUCUUCACUUGUCUCCUAAUUCUCUUGAGGUGCUUCACUUUUGCUGUAAAUCAAUGCCAGUGUUUCACAACCUCCUUACUUUAUCUUUUGAGAGCAACAAAAAAAGAGGAUGGCAAGUGGUGCCACUUCUCAUCACCAACUCUCCAAACCUUGAAACCUUAACCAUCAAGAACAUUAUCAAACUAAAAGUUAUGCAUUACAUAGCGUAUCUGUUUUAA